CGCGGCCUCGGGAUCCGUUCCGACGCGGCCACGUUGCCCUGUGAGCCAGCCCGCGGCGCCCGGCUCCCGGCACCCCUCGGCUCGGCCUCCUGCCGGGCUCUGGGGCCCAGGCCUUCCCGCGCUGUCGGCGUCGGGGUGCGGCUGCGCGGGGAUUGGCCUGGCCGCCCGAGAGCCCCGCGCGCGUCCGGGCUCCCGGCCUCCGAGGCCCCGCCCCGCUCCGGAGCGGAGCCGCCGAGCGAGCGCGCCGGGCUCCGCCAGAGCUCGGCUCCGUGCUCAUGCCCUGCGGCCCAGUGGGCCCGCGCCAUGGCCUCCGGGAGCGUGGCCGAGUGCCUGCAGCAGGAGACCACCUGCCCCGUGUGUCUUCAGUACUUCGUGGAGCCCAUGAUGCUCGACUGUGGCCACAACAUCUGUUGCGCCUGCCUGGCCCGCUGCUGGGGGGCCGCGGAGACCAACGUGUCGUGCCCGCAGUGCCGGGAGACCUUCCCGCAGCGCCACAUGCGGCCCAACCGGCACCUGGCCAACGUGACCCAGCUGGUGAAGCAGCUGCGCACCGAGCGGCCGUCGGGGCCCGGCGGCGAGAUGGGCGUGUGCGAGAAGCACCGCGAGCCCCUGAAGCUGUACUGCGAGCAGGACCAGAUGCCCAUCUGCGUGGUGUGCGACCGCUCGCGGGAGCACCGUGGCCACAGCGUGCUGCCGCUCGAGGAGGCGGUGGAGGGCUUUAAGGAACAAAUCCAGAAUCGGCUGGACCAUCUGAGAAGAGUAAAAGACUUGAAGAAGAGACGGCGGGCACAGGGGGAGCAGGCAAGAGCUGAGCUCUUGAGCCUGACCCAGAUGGAGAGGGAAAAAAUCGUUUGGGAGUUCGAGCAGCUCUAUCACUCCUUGAAGGAACAUGAGUAUCGCCUCUUAGCUCGCCUCGAGGAGCUAGACUUGGCCAUCUACAACAGCAUCAAUGGCGCCAUCACUCAGUUCUCCUGCAACAUCUCUCACCUCAGUGGCCUGAUUGCCCAGCUGGAAGAGAAGCAGCAGCAGCCCACCCGGGAACUCCUACAGGACAUUGGAGAGACACUGAGCAGAGCUGAAAGAAUCAGGAUCCCUGAGCCCUGGAUCACACCUCCAGAUUUACAAGAAAAAAUCCAUAUUUUUGCUCAAAAAUGUCUGUUCUUGACAGAAAGUCUGAAGCAGUUCACAGAAAAAAUGCAGUCAGAUAUGGAGAAAAUUCAAGAAUUGAGAGAGGCUCAAUUAUAUUCAGUUGAUGUGACCCUGGACCCAGACACAGCUUACCCCAGCCUGAUCCUUUCUGAUAAUCUGCGCCAAGUACGGUACAGUUACCUCCAACAGGACCUACCAGACAACCCUGAGCGGUUCAAUCUGUUUCCCUGUGUCUUGGGCUCUCCGUGUUUCAUCGCUGGGAGACAUUACUGGGAGGUAGAGGUGGGAGAUAAAGCCAAGUGGACCAUAGGUGUCUGUGAAGACUCGGUGUGCAGAAAAGGUGGAGUGACCUCAGCCCCCCAGAAUGGAUUCUGGGCAGUGUCUUUGUGGUAUGGGAAAGAAUACUGGGCUCUUACCUCCCCGAUGACUGCCCUCCCCCUUCGGACCCCUCUCCAGCGGGUAGGGAUUUUCUUGGACUAUGAUGCUGGUGAGGUCUCCUUCUACAAUGUGACAGAGAGAUGCCAUACCUUUACUUUCUCUCAUGCUACCUUCUGCGGGCCAGUCCGGCCCUACUUCAGCCUAAGCUACUCGGGAGGGAAGAGCGCAGCUCCUUUGAUCAUCUGCCCUAUGAGUGGGAUUGAUGGGUUUUCUGGUCAUGUUGGGAAUCACGGCCAUUCCAUGGAGACCUCCCCUUGA